ACGGAAACACAAGACAUUUGCAGCAAAUGAUUUGCUGUUUGUGUUCCAUCCUGCGGAAUAAUUUCCUCCCUUUUUGUGGACUCGUUCCCUUCUUGCGAAGCUCGGCGAGGACAUGGUUUUGGGAUAGCGUGUAGAAAACCAUAUUUUCCUGUAUCGUGGACGAAUUUCUCUAUACGUCUUUAAUCUUUCGAUUUGAUUGAAAGAUUCCACCAGCAAGAUGGGUGCAGGAUCCGCAAUCAGUUUGAUGAUUCUGUUAUGGGCUGCCAUAUUUGUUGCUUUGGGUGUGUAUUACUGUCUUUCCGGACAAGGGCAGCGAAUCGACUUUGGAUGGUUUUUGGCCGGACUUGAUCCCCAUAUUUGGGCUGCCACGGGCGCUGCUGCUGCAAUCUCGCUCUCGGUUCUUGGCGCUGCAUGGGGUAUUUUCUCCACGGGCUCGUCGAUCAUCGGUGGUGGUGUGAAGGCUCCCAGAAUCAAGACCAAGAAUUUAGUCAGCAUCAUCUUCUGCGAAGCCGUUGCUAUUUAUGGGAUUAUUAUAGCCAUUGUCAUCACAAAUCUGAUCGAAGACUUCAAGCUCAGCCAACUAAACUUCAAAACAUUGUCCGAUACCGUGCGUGCUGGCUACGCCUUAUUUGGCGCUGGUUUGACAGUGGGAUUCUGUAAUGUUUUUUGUGGCAUUGCCGUGGGAGUUGUUGGAUCGGGUGCAGCACUGGCCGAUGCCCAGAAUCCCUCCCUCUUCGUCAAAAUUCUCAUUGUGGAGAUUUUCGCAUCGGCCAUUGGGUUAUUCGGCGUAAUCGUCAGCAUCAUUCAAGUUUCCGGUGUGAGAAUGGGAGUUAAAGGCUAACAGAGGUUUAAAUACUUAAAAAUAUUAUGACUGUCAAUUUAAUCACUGACUUCGUUUGUGAUCCGUGUGGCAGCAUUCAUGUUGCGAUUCUUGUGUUUGCUUUUUAUCCUCAGUAUGCAUUCCUGUGAAUUGGUGUGGAUGUUGUAUGGGUUUUGAAUGGUACAGCAGAAACUUUUAAUUGUUUUAUUUCGGUUGUAAAUCGCAGACUGGAAACCAUAAAUGUACUUCCCGCUGCGGAAGAAAUGUGAAGGUGUGUAAUUUUGUUUCUGCGAAUUAUUUUUUGAGUAACUUCAUUAAACCCCCAGUACGUAUUA